AUGCGAAGAGCCUCAAGGAUCAUUUCACUACCAGCUUCGAAUUUCAUCGCCCAUGCUUCUUCUUCUACUUGCGCUGUAAACAAACACUCCUUCACUACGUUGACUGCGCAACAAAAUCAUCACAACCUGCACCAGCAAUCGUUUCCGGGAGAUUUUCUGAAAUGGGGUUCGCUUGGUUUCUUUAGGACGUCGAGCUUUGCUACUGGGUUCGCGCCCUUGAAGCCUAAGCCGUUGGGGUCCAUUAUUGAUGUUGAGAGGGUUAAGGAUCGCUCAGCCGAGGACAUCGCUUCAGCUUGGGACGAUUUUCACCUGGGAAGAGGUCAUAUUGGUGCAUCCAUGAAAGCAAACCUAUAUCACCUGCUGGAGCAUAGAGCAGUAGAAUGCCGGUAUUUUGUCAUUCCCUUGUGGAGAGGAGGUGGUUAUACCACAAUGUUUGCUCAAGUGCAGACGCCACACAUGCUUUUCACUGGUCUUGAAGAUUACAAGGCAAGGGGAACUCAAGCUGCUCCCUACUUCGCUGUAACUUACUAUAAUGAAUUUGCAGAAAGCAAAGACAUGGUGCUUAUCCGUGGCGAUGUCGUAAUGCCCAGCAAACUCAGUGACUCAGAGGCAAAAUGGCUUCUGGAGACCACCCAAUCAUUUUAUGUGAACGAUACGAGGUAUAAGCUGGUUGAACGGUUCAACAGACAAACACACGAUUUUGAGUUCAAGGAUGUCUUGCAAGCAUUGGAAAUACCCAAUCUGUGA